AUGAAGCACUUCUCCCGCAAGCCCUGGGCAGCCUUUGCAGUGCUCUUCUUCACCAGUGUGCUCCGGUUUUCCUGCUCAGCAGCAGCUGAAGAUGACUCCAAUGUUUCAAGUCCUACGCUCACAACUGAGUAUGAAGCACCAUGUCUUAAUGUGAACUUCUGCAUGCAAGCAGCUGUGUGCUGCCCGACAAGCGUGGAUGAUUAUGGAUGGAUCGCAGCGGCGGUCGGCUGGAGCCUCUGGUUUCUGACCCUCAUCCUGCUCUGCGUGGACAAGAUCUCAAAACUCCGCCCUGAUGAACCCAAAUAUUUGGUGGCCUGA